AUGGCAACCUCAGUUCAGACUCUUCCUCUGACCCGUGACCCCAGCAAGAACUUCCGUGAUCAUUUCCCGGCCCCGCCGCUCACCUCCCGUUGCGGCAUGGGAAGUGUAGGCAGUCUGGUGGAGAGGCCAGACGUGUCCCCAACCAAGGGCAACCGGGCAGUGCCCCAGGUGAGGCCGAGGCAGAGCAACGGGCUCCUGAAGAAGGGCUUCAACCAGAGAGAGCUGCUCAACUACCUCAACAUCUCCAGAAAGGAGGCUAAAGCAAACCCAGGCAGCAGCAAUAAGGACAUUAUCUCUGCCUCUGUCAAUGGUCGAGAAGAGGACAGCAUGUACACCAAGGUCUACCAUAAAGAUGGCACCGAAGUAGAUCUGGGCAAGAACUCGCUGCCCAUUGGUGGCAAGUAUGAAAAGUCCCGUUUUCGGCCCUCAGCGUUCAAGCCUGUCACCCCGAAAAACUUCAGCUCCAUGCAAAACCUCUAUCCAUCCUCCAAAUCGGAUGAUAUGGACCACGGCCUUUCCAAUGGGCUGCACAGGCAGUACGCCCAUGUCCCGAAGGCUGUCUCCACAUCCUCCUCCUCCUCCUCACCCUCUCGUCAUGGAGCACCAACAUCCAGUGGCAACAAGGCCCUUUCCUCGGUGCGUGGGAUGAGCCAGGAGGAUGAUAAUCUGUCUGACUCAGGUCAUAACUCCAUGAGCAGCCUGCCACCUUACCGACCUCCCUUCCGCCCACACCUGGCUCACAUCAGUGCAUCUAUGGGCCACAUCAAUACAAUCGGCUCCCUGGACCGCACCUCUCUGGGGCCAAAGGCGGUGGGGUCAGGGGGUGUAGCGAAGGGCGAGAUGGCUGUAUCAUGUCGGAGCAUGGCGACCCUCAGCCGCAUGGCCCCAUAUGGUGGGGAAGCUCCGCCCCCUUACGAUCUGACACUGUCCAUGUCAGUCGAGGAAGUGGUACGGGAUCUGGAGGAACGCCUGGUGGAAAAGGAGCAUGAGCUGAAACAGAUGAGGAGAAACCUGGAUGAGAGCGAGGGUGCGAUCGCUCAGGUGUUUGAAGGGAAACAGCGCUUGUGGGAGAAGGAGGUGGAGGAGCUGAAGCGCCUGUAUGCCGCCAAGCUACGUCAGGUUUCCCAGCACACCCAGCGCUCCCAGCGGAGCCUGCAGUUGCAGUUGUACAAGGCCCAGCAGGAGAAGAACCGACUGCAGGAGGAGCUCGACACCCUGAAGAGGGAGAGGAGCCCGGAGGCAGGAGCCAGGGCGAAGGCAACCAGUCCCACCCUGGAGGAAACCCAGUGGGAGGUUUGCCAGAAGUCAGGGGAGAUCUCGCUGUUGAAGCAGCAGCUGAGGGACUCCCAGGCAGAAGUGACCCAGAAGCUGAGUGAAAUCUUCCAGCUGAAGACGCAACUCAGGGAGACGCGCACGGAGCUCCGCAGCCGAGAGAGCCAGAUAGAUGCGCUAAAGCUAGCCCUGCAGGCAGCACAGCACCGCAGAUACCCCUCUCAGACCACCCAUGAGGACGGAAGGGGAGCUGAGGAGAGCACCUCAUGUGGAGCAGCAGGAGGGUGCGGCGGCUCGACAGAGGAGCGUCUGCGUGCAGAGCUGCUGCUGGAGCGACGCCAGAGCGAAGCCCAGGCUAUGGCUUUCGAGGAAGAGAGGCAGACAUGGCAGACUGAGAAGGACAAGGUCAUCCGCUACCAGAAGGAGCUGCAGGCCAGCUACCUGGAGAUGUAUCACCGCAAUGAAGCACUGGAGAGGGAACUGCACCAGCUGAGUGCAGGGAGAGAGAGAGGAGGAGGAGGAGGAGGGGGGAGAAGAGACAGCAGCAGUGGAACACUAGAAAGGGAAGUGCCAGAACUGAGGAGUGAGAGAGCAGGAGAGGCAGAAGAGGACAGACCUGCCUCUGGUUUGCCGUGGAUAGAGAGGAUCGAAUCCUCCGAGAUCUGACUGCAAUAGUAGCUCCGUUCCAAUGCAAACCAUUUUGUUGGUUCCUACAACCUUUCAGCCAUUCUAAACUUUGCUAUCCUGUACCUAUGCUCCUUUGUUUAUUGGAUCUUGCCCUUAUCCUGCAAGGACUGGAGUGAUAAACUGCCACAGAGCACACUGGUACUGAGGUUAGCUGAGCUGCACCCAAAAUAUUUCCGUGCUAUAUCUAUCUAUGACAUAAGAGUAGUUGAAUCUGUAUAAAUCUGUCCACCCAGACUAUCCCACUAAAGAUACCUGUACAAAUAAACAUCUGUGACUGAACUGAUAUGCUGAUUAUUAACUAUUUCAUGUGUUUAUUUUGUAGUUACACAUGGCUAGGACUGCUGUGUAGUUUUGACUCUAAGUGACCAAAGGGUUCAAAGGGAUUUAGUGUGGCCCAGUAACAUCCCAGCACCUUUUAAGUCAGGGUACAACCUGGGCUCCGGGAGGAAAGCUGCAUCACCGGGUUAAGUAUUUAGGAUUAGACCUGUCUGAUGCCAAGAUACUAAUGCUAUUUCUUUGCAAUCAAGAAAAGAAAGAAAAGGUUUAUCCUAUUUUUGGAACUGGAAAACAUUGGACCUAUUUUUGCCAUGUAAAUUCCAAUUUAUGCAACGUGAUCAAUAUAUUUUGUACAUGAUAUCCAAAUAUCCUUAUUUGUACAUGAUUAUUUGCAAUUUGAUUGGCCUUUGGUUAUCGUAUCCCAAGCACACUGAUGUCUUAAAUAGCCUGCUACCACAUCUUUUGAAUGCUACAAAGGAGGUCUGGAGAUGACAAUGUUGGAUUAGAUUGUCCUGCUUGUUGGAGCGAUUUCUUGCACAGAACCAGCCAAUGACAUCCAGUGCAUGAUGCAGAUGACAUUACAAGAAUUGUUUCCCGUUUUGUUCUUUCUAUAAUGCAAAACCGGUUGUCAUUUGACCUUCAGUGCUAGGGAAUAACAUACUGUGACUCUCGUCUAAUUACUGGAAUGAAAACCUUUAAAUGUACAGUAUGUGGCUUUUACGUUUGUUUUGGAUUCAUAAUAAACAGUUAUCAAGUGGU